AUGUCUGUAGACGAUCCGCCAACAUCCGAUUCACCACCCGCAGAAACAUAUUUGGGGUCUGAUAGCGCGGUGGUUAUGCCUUCACGUUUGCGGGUUUUCCCCAAUCGUAUAUUUUCGCGGGUGGCAACACUUUCUAAAGUAGAUGGUUUAAGUGAAGAUAUAAUAAAAGGUUUAAAUUUGUGGUACCAGAGUGAAUGGCGCAUAGUGCACGCAUCACGUUUUACGAUAUGUCCAGCUGUAACCGAGAGUUUGAGGCGUUUUUUUGCCACGCAUCAAUCUCCACCACUUACUGCUGAACACGUCGAAUCAUAUUUACGUGCUUCAUGCCUUCUUUAUUACGGUUUACGUGGUGACACUAGCUCCUCUACCGAUGUAUCGAAGAACAAGUUUUUCCAGCGGUAUUACUACACAGCACGCGAAAACGCCUGCGCCUUGAAUUCUAUGAUAGUGAUGAGCAACUUUUUGUGGGCGUGCAACCAUUAUAUUCGUGAUGAUUUCGCGAACAGUUGUCUACUAGACAUCCUUCUUCAAGCUUUUCCCGCGGCAUUGGAAUCUUUCGUAAAAUUACGCGGUGUAACGUAUUUGAGAACAGCUUUGGACUUUUUGGCAUCAAGUGGGAAGCUUCGUUCUAGCACGAACUACCUAUUGAAAGCUUUAGCUCUUCUGAAUAAGUUGGAGAUUUCAUUUCGCGUUUUGCAAACUUCCAGGAUUGGUAUUACUGUUAAUGGUAUUGCAACAGGUGGUAAGAAUGUGAAACUUGGUAUCGACUACGACUGUGAUAACGAUACCGUGAAGUUGAAGGCUACCGACUUGAUUAAGAAGUGGAAGGCAAUUCGCGACGCAUCGCAGCCGGUUCGCGUGGAGCCUGAGCCACGUCGUGUGGCACGUAAACCGGCACCAUCUAGUCAGUCACCCAAGCGUCGUAUAGAAGAAACGUCUCCUGUUGCUUCCCGCCGUGAUGAGAUGCAACCUAAUGGUACCUCAUCGGGUUCCUUCGUCCUUAACAUAUUGGACAGUAUGGUAGAGCAGCGUGAGAAGGAGCGGAAGCGGAAGAUCGCAAUGAAGGAAGCUCAGCGGAGCGGUUUAUUCAAGGUUUCUCGAUCAGGUGAGUCUGACGACAACGCUGCCGCCCGUGCCCCGUCAGAACCUUCAAAUCAAGCUGCUACCGGUGUACCCGAUUCCACAGGCCAAUCAGGUACUGCGGUUGAGAGUCGUAAGGAGCUUCAGUCUUUGAUGAACUUUUUCAAGAGUUUCAAACCUCAAGUCUCUACUACUCCUCUUACAGGUGAUGCAUUUCGGGGUGCUACACCCACUGCAUCCACAACUACAUUACCUAGUGUACGUCCGUCAGUUGCUAUAAAUGGCGAUCAAACUGGGUUAAGUGUACCGAGCAAUAACUUUACGCAUAUGGUCGGUGUGGCUUCAGGCCCCGUCGUAGGGAAUGCGCCUUCUGGGAGCAGUGCUGGCCCAAGCUCUCACAUAACUACAUCAAUGGCACAUCGUGCUUUUGUAACACCUCAGGCGCGUGGGCUUCGGUCAGACUAG